CUUGAAAUGUAGUUUCUGCCGACUAGUUCAUUGAAAUCCUCCAGCAUCUAUUGCUGGUGGUUUGUAUGUCGAGUAACGAUUUCUCUUUCGACAAAGGAGUUACAGAGGAUCCUUUUUUAAGUUAUGAAGCCUCUGUGAAGUCGCGUCCCAACUUUUCAUUAAACCCACGGGAAUCUUACAUUCAGAAUGCAAAUCAUCGAGACGAUUUACCUCGCUUGAAUCACUCACCGGAUCCGGCAAGUAGGGAAAACUAUGGUUACGUACAGGAAAGCAGUCGAGGUGGGUUCUCUUCGUUGGAUGCUAGUAGCAGGUCUCAAAAUCUGUUUAAGCAUGAUCGACCAGAAAUAAGUCAUUCUUCUAUGCGCAACGCAGUUGGAACUUUAGCAGAAACAUCUCUAGAACGGGAAUCUCCUUCGGAUAGCUCAACCGUUCUGCGCGAAUUGGAUGAACUCAAAUUCAGACUGAGCAACAUUGAACUACAUUUGAGUGACACUUCGCGAACCCUACCAUUUUCUUCACAAUCGUAUAGUCCUUAUGGAAAUUACAGAAAUCCCGCUUCGCACAUCAACGCACACUCCUUUUCCCCGGCUCCUUUAAAUACGAUGCAAACCGCCUUAUCACAACUGCAAUCAUAUCAUCCUUCUCCGGCUGUUUUAGAGCCCAUCCAACAAGCUGUACAGCACGCCAUCACACUCAUUCAUACUACUCCGUCUACCGUAGUGGAGGGUCUUUGCCGCAGUUUGGCUGAAUUGUGCCUUGGUUUGGUCCAACAAGCGAUUGAUGCCUCUUUAUCAAAUCAUCAACCAGGUCAAAAUUCUAUAGAAAUGGCACCUCAUUCUACUGCCCUUGAUUUAUCAAGUUCCGUAAAUUCAUCUCCAUCCCGUUCCAUCAGCACCGGUACUUUUGCUUACGGGUCACCGGAUCGUCCUUUAUUCCGCCAACCUCCUCCUUCCCAAGGAUUCAAUUCUAAUUACAGAAAUAAUUCACCUUCGCGUGCGUCUUCUCGACAUUCCAUCUUUUCUGAUACCUCUCGCUUCCAAUCCAAGCUGCAAAGGUUACCGCAUUCUCCCCUUCGACCUAGACAGCCUUCGUCGUCCAUGUCAACGAGCUCGACUGCGCGACAGCCAUCAAUGAAGUACAUAGAGAACUCUCAAGAUCCUUCUUUUGGUCCUUCGUUUCUUGAUACCUCUUACAAUCACUCUACACCCACAAAAAGUUCUUUGAAUGUUUCCCCAGAACCCGAAUCACCUCUAUAAACACUAUUUGUUAAUCAAAUUCUACACCAAUUCCUGUCAUAAGAGACUGAAUGUAGUAGAAGGGUCUCGUUAUACGUUAUACGAUCUUUAGUUAAUUUACUAGCAUAAUUUUCCGACCUUGAUUCUGUUUCCUUUUACUACACAAAUUUCUUUUUUUUUUUCUUCACGAAAUGCAAUACGAUACUUUUCAUAAAUAAAUAACUUAAUAAUAAAGUCUUUUUGGGUCAGAACGAAUCCCUUGGUUUUAAUAUCUAGCAUUCUCCAUAUGUCUGAAAUCGAUUUUGCAUAUCAACCCUCCCAAAAGAAAAGCUACUAUAUUCUUAAUCUCAUUAAAGAACGUUCG